UGGUAGGUGACCGUACCGCGACACCGGAACCGGCGUCGCGCGCCAUCGGCCUCGGAGUGCUGGGAGCCGGGAGCGGGCGGGCGGGCGUUCGGUCGCACGCCCCGUGAGCGCGGCUGCCCGCAGCCAUGGCGGCCCCGUCCAUGAAGGAGAGGCGGGUGUGCUGGGGCGCCCGCGACCUGUACUGGCAGUGUCUGGACGAGCACGAGGAGGACGCGGCGCGGUGCGGGCAGCUGCGGAGCUCGUUCGAGGCGAGCUGUCCUCAGCAGUGGAUAAAAUAUUUCGAUAAAAGAAGAGACUAUUUAAAAUUCAAGGAAAAGUUUGAAGCAGGACAGUUUCAGCCUUCAAAAUCAACUGAAAACUCCUAGGCUCUUCCUAAACUUCUUCCAGAGGCAGAACGUAUUCUUCUGAACUUUCGAAAGUGCAUUGAUGAUUCUGGGACAACAGCAGUUUGAAUUAUGGUACACCCGUCAGUACUUCCUCCUGUGUGUGACAUUUAACUAAAAAGGCUAGGGAGCAGAAGACCCCGCAAUUCAAAUGAUGAACUGAAAUAAAACGUUAUCAAGUAGA